CUUUCCCGAGCAGCCGAUUCCCAGUCUGAUAUGUAAACAAGGUCAGACUGCAGCACACAGACCAGACGUCUUCUUGAACAGAACAGAAGUGUUUUCUAACAAGAAGAGACUCAACUUUAAAACCUCUAAUUGUAGGACAGGGGCACAGACAGCAGCCAAGAUGAUGCAGUGUUUUCAUUUCAUGGUGGAGCCGGUCAAAAACCUGACCUCCAAGAUUAAGGAGUCAAACAAGAGAGCAAAGAAAGACAGAAAGGAGCCUCUGGAUGAGGAUCAGUUGUUUGUUGGGGAGCUGGCUAAAGACCUCAGUCGAGUCUGCCAGAGAUCAGAGGUUCUGGAGCACGUCUGGAACCAAGAUGACAUUUGGCCGUCUCCCCUCUGCCAGGUCUUUAUCCUGCAGUGGGCAUCCAUGCUGGAGAACAAGAAGAAACUGAUGCAGACUGAUGGUUGGCCAGAGGUGGAUGAGAGCAAUCACGAUGAUCUGAUAAACCGAGAGGCCCUGGACCAGGCCAAAGCUGUCAUCCUUAACUGGAUCAAAGAUCUGAGAGCUCAGCCUGAGCAAAGCGUUUGGCCUGGAGAACCGGUGGCCAAGAUGCUGGAGGACCUGCAGUCAGCCUGGCGCUGGGCCCGAGUUCCCAACCUACUGACUGCUAUGGAGUUGGUUAUGUGGACUUUAAUGUCACAGCGACCUGAUAAGGACACCAUCCCACAGCAGUGGCUUUUGUGGAAGCAGAGAACUCAGAAAAUUGGUGCCAUAUCCUAUAUUCCUCAGCCAGUGUGGGACUGGAUUGGAGAUGCUGCAGUCGAGGUAACUCUCGAUCUAGACACAGCCAACCCUGAUCUGCUCAUUUCUGCUGAUGAGAAGAGGAUGCGCUGUGGCUUUGAACGAAAAGAUGUUCCCAACUACCACCAGCGGUUUGACGGAUGGUGGUGCGCCGUCGGCAUCGAAGGCCUUGGCUCUGGCCGACACUACUGGGAGGCAGAGGUUGGCGAGCGCGACUGGCGGCUAGGCGUGGCCAAAGAGUCAGCGUUGAGGAAGGGCUUCAAGUCCCUGAACACUGAUACAGGGUAUAUGACCCUGCGGCUGGAGAGGGGCACUGAGUUCAAGGCUCUGACGGUGCCCUUCACCGCCUUGCCACCUGGCCUGAUCCCUCGUAAGGUGGGCAUCUACCUCGACUAUGACAACGGCCAGCUGUCCUUCUAUGAUGUAGACAAACACUUGCACAUUUAUACCUAUAAUGAGACCUUUACUGAGCAGCUCUUCCCGUUGUUCGGUACAGUGGAGAUUGUUAAGGAUCUGGUGAUCCGGUCCCCAGCAGCUAAGACCCAAUGUCUCUGCCCCACAUCCUGUCUGUGGGCCUGAAUUUUCUUCUUUCAGGUUUCCCUGUAUGAGCCAGUAACAAAUAUUAUAAAGUAUAAGGAACCAGAGUAGCAGGGUAAUCCUGAUAAAAAUGACCAUUCAUGUGACCACUCCAUAUGCUGCUUCUGCUUUAAAGUGACUGCUGCUACUAUUUUGUCAAGAUAGAGUUAGAGCACAACCCUCUGGUCUUUUGUGUUUCCAGACAUGUGAGCAGUAACCCUGACGCUAAAAUCUUAUGUAUUCUCCAACGCUAAUAUGAUAAUUAAAAUGCACUUCUGUGAAUAAAGAAUAACAA